AUGACAGGAACCAAACCUCUCUCCCUUGCAGUCGCCGUCAUCGCAAUUUUGGCCGCCGCCGCCACCGCGCAGGGUGGCGAAAAAAUUCCCGGCGGCUGGCAGCUGAUCAAGGACCCGAACGAGGCGAAGGUGGUGGAGGUCGCGAAAUUCGCGGUGGCGGAGCAAAACCGUCAGCCCAACGCGACCAAGCUGUUGUUCGCGGCAGUCGUGAACGGCCAGAUGCAAGUGGUGAACGGCGUGAAAUACAAGCUCCUUGUCUCCGCCGUGGCGGCCGGCGGCGGCGGCGGCCGGAAAUUGGGGCCGCCGGGGAAGUACCUGACGGUUGUUAACGUGAGGGAGGAGGAGAAGAAACUCAUCUCCUUCGAAAGUUUAAUUGACUAUUGA